GACUAAAGAGUUAUUCACCAAACAAACAAUUGACUAAAAGAGUUAAAUCUGACGUGGCAUUCUUUGACAAACACGAAUCCACUAAACACCGUGACAUGCAAACGGCAACCGUGACUAAUACCGACGUGAUAUGAUAUGAUAGAGAGUCAUUCUAACAGCGUCAAUAUAGACGGCGCCGCUCCAUUUCUCUCUUCCUUCUCUUUUAUCUUUCUCUUCUUCUUUCCUCUCUCUCUCUCUCUCUCUCUCUCUCUCUGCAACUUUCUCUUCUUUCUCUCUCUUCAAAUUCCUUAACAACAACUCAAGUAAAGAACCUCUCUCUCUCUGUCCCUUUGUUUUCGUCAAAGGGAGGGAGCAGUGUUCACCGGUGAAUGGGUGCUUCUAGUGGUUGUGUUAAUAUAAGGAGUUAAAUAUUAUUGCCUACUUCAGAAUGGGUGCUGCUUGUUGUGUUGCAUCCAGAGAUAAAACUAUUCAAAGUGGACCAACCAGUGAAAUCGGGCAUAGGAAUGUUCGGUGUUCACCGACAUGGAGCUUGCGGUGGGAUCAUAGAGGCCGUGUAGCCGGAGAAGAUACUAGUAUUAAUUGGUUUUCUGAUGGUGUUAGCAGCAAUGGCAGACUCGAGAAUAAAAAUGAAUCACAUGUAUCUGAGGAUGGAAGCCCGUUGCAGAAUUAUCAAAGGAAUAGAUGGCAAAAGUCCCCAAUUUCUGAAGGAACUGCUGGACACACAAAAUCAUUUUCUGAUCAAUCUAUUUCAAGGAAUGUUUCCAUGGCUGAGAGAAUGGAACAGGUGAAGGAGUUAGAAGAAUCAUCAGCAGUAUCAUGUCCAUUUCCUUCAAAAACUUCACCCACAUUGUCUUCUACUUCGGUGUCAAUAUCUCCUCUGCCACCCCAAAGCCGCCUACCUCCAUCCAGCUCAACAGAGUCAACACCAUUAAGGUGGCCCUCCCAUUCCACAGGACACCAGUUAUCACGACAAGUUUCUGAUAGCCGAAUCAUGGGAUUUAAGUCACCUAGCAACUUUUAUGUAUCUGAAGAAAGGCCAGAGUUUCCCUCAUGGAGCAAUGAAUAUGGUAUGCACUCUGGUGGUGGAUCUUCAGAUUAUUGCUCUAGGCCUGGCUUUACUGAGCUGAUGGGCAAUUCUCACAUGGAAAGAUGGUCAUUUGAUAGUGAGUCAUUUGGUUUUAAUUGUGAAAGGUUGGCUAGGUUCAGUAGUGGGUUUUCAACUUCUCCGGUUGAUUCGCAAACGUGUGGUGUUUGCUCAAAACUCUUAACUGAAAAGUUGUCUUGGAGCAGUCAAAAGAUUAUUGCAAAUAAUGACCUUCCUGUAGUUUCUGUUCUUAUUUGUGGACAUGUCUAUCAUGCUGAAUGUUUAGAGAGUUUGACACCUGAAAUCAACAAGUAUGAUCCAGCUUGCCCUGUUUGCACUUUUGGUGAAAAACAAACCCGUAAAUUGUUUGAAAAAGCUUUGAAAGCUGAAAUGGAUUCAAAAGCUAGAAAUAAGAAAUCAAGGAAUCAAAUUGUGGAUAAUGAUAUUUAUGAUGACGAUGAUUUUGUUGUAUUUGAUCAGUUUAAAGAUAAAAGGCGUCAAAAUAAAGAGCUUAGAAUAGACUCUAAUUCUAUCAAGAGAAGCUCUUCUGGGAAACCUUUUCUGAGUAAACACUUCUCAUUUGGCUCAAAGGGUUCCAAAUGCAUGUUAGAUAAUCACCCAACCCGAAAGAAGGGCUUUUUUUGGGCAAAGUCUAGCAAGGAAUAAGCCGCUUUUUGGUUGUUGAGAGAUUCCGUUGUUGAUCUUCUCUGCAACCUCAGAUUGACUGAUGAAAGGGCAAGAUGUCAUUCAUCAAGCUUUGAUUUUUGAGCAUCUGCAUACACCAAUGUGCAGCAAGUUCAAAAGGAUUAGAGACUGAAAUUACUCUGUAAAGAAGAAAAGUGUAAACAUACAGAAGGAUAAGAUAAGUAUAUGAAGACAAAGAUAGUGUUUAGAGACCAAAGUUCUUUAUAUAUUUUUGUACAGAUCAAUUUGUUUAUUGCAUGGAUAUAUAAUUCAUGUAUCCAAAUGAUGUUCUGUUAUCCAUUGUUAUACUGAUGUAAUUCAGCAUACAUGUCUUUAGGGUGUAUCAGGUGUUGGGCAACACCAAUUUAGUUUGGUUAAGUUAGUUGUGUUCAGUGAAAUACUAGUAACAUUUCCAAAAGGAGCUUGUAUCUGAUCAAUGAUUUAUUGGUUUGAAUUAUUUGUGAUUUUGGUAGCA